CUAGCAUGCAGCCCUCUCUAUUUUUCGCUUUGAAAUGAAAGUCUCACUGAGCUAUGCACCACAGACCUUACUCUGGCAUCCACGAAAUGAGAAAGGGACAUGAGGACAGGUUUUGAAUGCCCAGGGGCACCAGGCAUUACCUGAAGUGUGGUGUGCAGCCCAGAGCCUACAAUUCUAAUACCUAACCAGCUCACCCUAGCCUCCUAGACCCAAGUGGGCCUUGAGAGCCAGUAGUACACUUAGUCUGGGCUGCUUGGGUGUGCGUGCCCUAAGCUGUGUGAUAUCUGGCCUAGUGCACGGGGAAAGUCCUUUGGGUUCAACUGACUUCCUACAGUCUCAGAAGCUAGCUAUUCCUCAGGAGCUGCCCUCGUAGGGCAGCAUCUCCUCCACAUGGGUGAUAGUUUUACCCCUUCACUCUGGAUGCUAAAGGGUUCAGGCCUGACUUGAGCCCAGCCUCUGCCCUGCCUGCAGAGGCCCUGACUUUCUACCAGCACAAUUGAGGCUCCCUGGACUCAGUCUUAGAAAGAAUGAAAGUGCUGGCCUAGUAAGAAAGACCUGCUUUCUUGGGGCUAAAACCCCUCAAGGAACAGCAAAGCAAGAAAGAAAUUCUGGUCCUCUUUGCCUACAGUCUUGGUUGUCCUGGGGCCUCCUCUGCCUCUGCACUUUCUCUUCCUUCCAGUUAGACCACUUAAGGGCCGGCUAAAUAAACAAGAGAGUAGAGGACACAGGAGAAGUUGCCCUGUUGUCCUCCACAAGGGGGAACACCAGUUCCAGAUUUCUGCUGGUCUCAUUACAGGAGAGAUCUCAGAUUAGCUGGACUGAGCCGUUUUUACACUGUAGGGUUGACUGAGGGAUAUGUGCAGAGGCCGCUUGUUUUGUUUUUGUUUUGUUUUGUUUUGUUUUUUGUGCCACUUUGCUGCUGAAUAAGACGGCCUCCUACUUUCCAUUGUUCCUUGCUUGCUACGUUCUUUUCCACCCAACCCAUCUCCCGCCUCAGGUCCUCCUACUCUGGGGAACCGUCUGAGUACAUCAGAAAUGUUGUUACUUUAGAGUGGAACCAGUUACUUGGAGACCUGAAGGUGGGUAUCAAGGGCGCCCACUUUCGGCCGACCCAGAACUUGCAGAGAGGUUCCGCAGUUCCGAGAACCAAGGUGCCCUUGAGCCAAAGCGCUGGGUCCGCCCCUAGCUGGCAAGGGCCACUCAGUCCCUCCCUCAAUCGGUGGAUCGCUCUGGGCGAAGGAGGAGGUGCUCAGGCCCGGCCGGCAUUUAUGUAAUCCGGAGGGCCAGGCACACCAGGCUUUUCUCCCAGGGUUACCAGCUGAAGAGCCAUUCCUGGACUCCAGCUUCAACGUCAUGGGCAGCCCAGAAGGGCGCUUCCAUUUCGCCAUCGACCGCGGUGGCACCUUCACAGAUGUCUUUGCCCAGUGCCCUGGAGGGCAUGUGCGUGUCCUGAAGCUGCUCUCAGAGGACCCUGCCAACUAUGCAGAUGCACCCACAGAGGGCAUCCGCCGAAUUCUAGAGCAGGAGGAGGGUGUGCUGCUGCCUCGAGGCCGACCGCUAGACACCAGUCGCAUUGCCAGCAUCCGCAUGGGUACCACGGUGGCCACCAAUGCACUGUUGGAACGACAGGGAGAACGGGUGGCACUGCUGGUGACUCGGGGUUUCCGAGACCUGCUGCACAUUGGCACUCAGGCCCGCCCGGACCUCUUUGACCUGGCUGUGCCCAUGCCAGAGGUACUGUAUGAGGAAGUGCUGGAGGUGGAUGAGCGAGUGGUGCUGUACCGCGGAGAACCAGGUGCCGGCUCUCCUGUCAAAGGCCGCACAGGGGACCUGCUAGAGAUACAGCAGCCUGUGAACCUGGAAGCCCUGCGUGGGAAGCUGGAGGGGCUCUUGUCUCGGGGCAUUCACAGUCUGGCUGUGGUGCUCAUGCAUUCGUACACGUGGGCCCAGCAUGAGCAGCAGGUGGGCACGCUGGCCCGGGAGCUGGGCUUCACGCACGUCUCCUUGUCCUCGGAAGUCAUGCCCAUGGUACGAAUUGUUCCUCGGGGCCAUACAGCCUGUGCUGACGCUUACCUUACUCCCACCAUCCAGCGCUAUGUGCAGGGCUUCCGCCGAGGCUUCCAGGGCCAGCUAAAGAAUGUGCAAGUUCUCUUCAUGCGCUCUGAUGGUGGCCUCGCACCCAUGGAUGCUUUCAGUGGUUCCCGGGCUGUGCUCUCUGGCCCUGCUGGGGGUGUGGUUGGCUACUCAGCUACCACCUACCAUCUGGAAGGCGGUCAGCCUGUCAUUGGCUUUGACAUGGGAGGCACAUCCACAGACGUGAGCCGCUAUGCUGGAGAAUUUGAGCAUGUCUUUGAGGCUAGCACAGCAGGUGUUACCCUUCAGGCCCCCCAGUUGGACAUCAACACAGUGGCAGCUGGCGGGGGUUCCCGCCUCUUCUUCAGAUCUGGCCUCUUUGUGGUUGGUCCAGAGUCAGCAGGUGCCCACCCAGGUCCUGCCUGCUACCGUAAAGGGGGUCCUCUGACAGUGACAGAUGCUAAUCUGGUCCUGGGUCGCCUGCUGCCUGCCUCCUUCCCCUGCAUUUUUGGGCCAGGAGAAGACCAGCCACUGUCUCCUGAGGCUUCCCGAAAGGCUCUAGAGGCUGUGGCCAUGGAGGUCAACAGCUUCUUGACCAAUGGACCGUGCCCAGCUUCCAAACUAAGUCUGGAAGAGGUGGCCAUGGGGUUUGUGCGUGUUGCCAAUGAAGCCAUGUGCCGGCCUAUCCGUGCCCUCACACAGGCACGAGGCCAUGACCCCUCAGCCCAUGUAUUGGCUUGCUUUGGAGGAGCUGGUGGGCAACACGCUUGUGCCAUUGCCCGGGCCCUGGGGAUGGAUACUGUGCACAUUCACAGGCACAGCGGGCUGCUGUCAGCACUAGGACUGGCCUUGGCAGAUGUGGUUCACGAAGCACAGGAGCCCUGUUCCCUGUCUUACACACCUGAAACCUUUGCACAACUGGACCAGAGACUGAGCCGCCUGGAGGAGCAGUGUGUGGAUGCCUUGCAGGUCCAGGGCUUCCCUAGGUCUCAGAUCAGCACUGAGAGCUUCCUGCAUCUUCGCUACCAAGGCACUGACUGCGCCCUAAUGGUGUCUGCCCAUCAGCAUCCGGCCACAGCCUGCUCACCCCGUGCUGGUGACUUUGGAGCUGCAUUUGUGGAGAGGUACAUGAGAGAGUUUGGCUUCAUUAUCCCCGAGCGGCCGGUGGUGGUAGAUGAUGUACGUGUGAGGGGAACUGGCCGUAGUGGACUUCAGCUGGAGGAAACCCCCAAAGUCCAGACUGGACCUCCCCACGUGGAAAAGGUGACCCAGUGCUACUUUGAAGGGGGUUAUCAGGAGACUCCCGUGUACCUUUUAGGAGAACUAGGCUACGGGCACCAGCUCCAAGGGCCCUGCCUUAUCAUCGACAACAACAGCACCAUCCUUGUAGAACCGGGUUGCCAAGCAGAGGUGACUGAUACAGGGGACAUCCGCAUUUCUGUGGGAGCUGAGGGUCCUAGUAUGGCAGAUACCAGGCUUGACCCCAUCCAGCUGUCUAUUUUCUCACACCGCUUCAUGAGCAUUGCUGAGCAGAUGGGCCGCAUCCUACAGCGCACAGCCAUCUCUACCAACAUCAAGGAACGCCUCGACUUCUCCUGUGCCCUCUUUGGGCCAGAUGGGGGCCUCGUCUCCAAUGCUCCCCACAUUCCUGUGCACCUGGGCGCCAUGCAAGAGACUGUACAGUUCCAGAUUCAGCACUUAGGAGCCGACCUCCAUCCUGGUGAUGUGUUGCUCAGCAACCAUCCCAGCGCAGGGGGCAGCCAUCUUCCUGACCUGACUGUCAUCACACCGGUGUUUUGGCCAGGCCAGACGAGGCCUGUGUUCUACGUGGCUAGCCGAGGGCACCACGCAGACAUUGGAGGAAUCACACCGGGCUCUAUGCCGCCUCACUCCACCACGCUGCAACAGGAGGGUGCCGUUUUUCUGUCCUUCAAACUGGUCCAGGGAGGCGUCUUCCAGGAAGAGGCGGUGACAGAGGCCCUACGGGCACCAGGCAAGAUCUCUGGCUGUAGUGGAACCAGGAACCUGCAUGACAACCUGUCGGAUCUUCGUGCCCAGGUGGCAGCUAACCAGAAAGGCAUCCAGCUGGUGGGAGAGCUGAUCGGACAGUAUGGCUUAGAUGUGGUGCAGGCCUAUAUGGGCCAUAUUCAGGCAAAUGCUGAGCUAGCAGUGAGAGACAUGCUCCGGGCUUUUGGAACUUCCCGGCAGGCCAGGGGCCUGCCCCUGGAGGUGUCUGCAGAGGAUCACAUGGAUGAUGGCUCUCCCAUCUGCCUGCGUGUUCAGAUCAACCUGAGUCAGGGCAGCGCGGUAUUUGACUUCACUGGUUCCGGGUCUGAGGUGUUUGGCAAUCUCAAUGCCCCGAGAGCCAUAACACUGUCUGCUCUCAUCUAUUGCUUACGCUGUCUAGUGGGCCGUGACAUCCCACUUAACCAGGGUUGCCUGGCUCCUGUGCGUGUCAUAAUUCCCAAAGGCUCCAUAUUGGAUCCAUCCCCAGAGGCAGCAGUGGUCGGCGGCAACGUGCUCACAUCUCAGCGAGUAGUGGAUGUCAUUCUGGGGGCUUUUGGGGCCUGUUCAGCCUCCCAGGGCUGCAUGAACAAUGUGACCCUGGGCAAUGCCCGUAUGGGCUACUAUGAGACAGUGGCUGGUGGUGCCGGUGCGGGCCCUGGCUGGCAUGGGCGCAGUGGUGUACACAGUCACAUGACCAACACACGCAUUACGGAUCCAGAGAUUCUGGAGAGCCGGUAUCCAGUUAUCCUGCGCCGCUUUGAGCUGAGGCCAGGCUCCGGGGGCCGAGGUCGCUUCCGGGGAGGCGAUGGCGUAGUCCGAGAGCUGGUCUUUCGGGAAGAGGCGCUGCUGUCUGUGCUCACCGAGCGCCGCGCCUUCCAGCCUUACGGCCUCCACGGGGGAGAGCCUGGUGCGCGUGGCUUAAACCUCCUGAUCAGAAAAGACGGGCGCACAGUGAAUUUGGGCGGCAAGACAUCUGUGACCGUGUACCCCGGGGACGUGUUCUGCCUCCACACGCCUGGGGGUGGGGGCUACGGAGACCCGGAGGAUCCAGCGCCACCACCAGGCUCGCCCCCGCUAUUUCCAGCCUUCCCCGAGCGCGGCAGUGUAUUCGAGUACCGCCGCGCCCAGGAAGCCGUAUGAGUGCCCCACAAUAAAGAUCCUUUGAAUCGCACGAUA